UGCACUCAGAAGCAGUAGCAGUUACAAUAGCGGUUUUUGUAGUUUGUUCGGGAUUUAAUUCAUAAAUUACGUUAAGUUUUUAGGUUAUAAUAUUGUUAUAAAAAUUCGAAAGUCAAUGAUUCGAGAUUUCUAUGGUGAAUUAUUAUUGUAAUCUAAAUACCCAGGCCAUGAUAAUUAAUUUCUAUUUUUGGAGUUGUAUGUGACGAUUAUUAUUUUCUCGUACAGUGAACGUUAAAUUGUAUAAUAUUUUUUAAGAAGUUUUUUGUGUUGCUUUGACAAGUCGUAACACAGUGCACUUCAAAGGUAAUUACUUUCGCGUAUAUUUUAUAAUAUCUUUACAAAAAGAAUAGUAAUGGCUGAUCCUCGUAUUAAGACACUAAAGAUCAAAACUGGAGUAGUGAAAAGAUUAACGAAAGAGAAACUUAUGUAUAUACAAGAAACAGAGCAACAACGGGAAAAGGUUCAGAAAUUGAAAGAAGCUGGAAUUGAUGAAAGUACCUUUAAAAAGCAAGAAGAAGUAUUAAGAGAGUCACAGAUGAUGAUACCAGAUACUCAAAGAAGAUUAAAAGCCGCAUUUGAAGAUUUGAAAAGUGUUGUAGCUGAUUGUGAAGAGCUUAAAGAAGAACCAGAUUAUUUAAAUGCUCAAAAAUUUUUAGCCGAGGCUGAAAAAGAAAUCAAUUAA